GGUGAGGAGGUCUUUGGGUGGCAUUGAGAUGGGUGAGGAGGUCUUUGGGUGGCAUUGAGAUGGGUUUUUGUCUCCUUGUAUGUAAACAAGCACCGAGCAGAACCUUCUGGGUUUGGAGGCCAGAUAGAAAGUGGGUUUAUGUCCUCAAAUCAAAGGUUACCUUGUGGUGAAGUAGAUGGUGAAAAAUAGACCACUUGUGUACGUAACAUAGCUCACGUAAAGCUUCAGUUACUAUUUAAAACAUCUCAACAAAAGUAACAGAAAAAUGAAGACAAAACAAAUAAAAUGAACUCCUUUAAGCAGUCGGUUACUUUAUCUCUCCCCGUGUCCUGUCUGGCUGUAAAGCACCAGAACUGAUGUCUGAGAACCGAAAACGAGCCUCAGAGUUCUUCUCACAGGUAGAGAGUUACAGAUUCAGCUGUAAUCCUACACCUGAUAUCUCAACUUUGUUAGAGAUGCUUUUGGUUGUUUUUAGGACACGGAGACAGAGAUGAAAGAAUGGAGGAGAGGAAAGGAAGAGAUGGGGGAGUUCACAAAAAUAAACAAUAAAGGAUGAACAAGAAGCAGCUUCUAGAUCUGCAGUUCUGGUGGAUGGUUUGUCGUGUUCUUGUCAUCCAGAUUUUCUUCUAGUUGUUCUGUCUCACCCGGUCUUUGACACUAUAUGUACAUGAAUUACACAAACACUAGUUACCUAUAAGAAUUAUAUUGUUAAUUAGUUGGCUGAGUAGUCGUUUCUGCUUCUCUAUCAUAUAUUAAAGUGUGUUUUUUUCAAAUAACUGCCAUAGAUGUCACACACUUGUUGUAUGAGUUUUAAAAAUUAUUUUGAUUCUCAUUGUUUGAUUUUUAGUGAUUGAUCCUCUUUUUAUAUAAGUUUUGACCCUAAGCUCUGGACAAGAGGCACAUAUGUACCCACCGCAAACCCACUGUUAUUUAAACAGCUAAAACAUGUGCCCUGUAUCAGAGCUCCAUGUGUGAAGUUUAUAGGGAAAAACUGCAUCAACAUGGGUUGAGAAUUCAAGGAGUUAUGGUUGAUUUAACAUGCUGACACUUCAGACCGACCCAAGAUGGCGGCGCCACCGCUCGUCAGCGCCCACAGGCAGUAGUGGUCACGCGGGGUCUAUCUUAAAUACUGAACACAGGUCCGUGAAACCAAAUAAAUUUUUAUCUAGCCAGCAGGUGGCGCUAGUGCACCUUUACGCUGGUCACCGACCACCAGAAGAAGCAGAAACCGAAAGCUGCUAGCAGAGCUAGCUUGUUGUUGUGUGUGAGGAGAACAUUUGAGGCUCUGCAGUAAAAACGUCUUCACUUCAGUCUCUGGGAGAGUUGAUCAGCUAAAGCGACUAACUGCUGCUGCUGCAGAAAUCUUCUCACCAGGCUGUGGAAACUUUCUUCUCCUCCUCAACAACUUGGUGGAGUUCUUUCCAGAAGCAGAGAAGAUAUUCUGCGGUCUUCGUGACAAUCGGAGCUCCAAAAGCAGGUGAUGGAUUGAAGAGGUUCCCUCUAUCAGACUCGCUCAUCUGAGUUGGUCAUGAUGCAGGAUCGCUGCUCGCUCUCUCAUCCAUCCUGCUCACACUCUCCGACGGAAAAGGCCCGAAUCUGAAUGUGACUCUGGAGGAAAAAGAGGUUAGCUCUACUCCGUGAACUCUGCUGUUAGCUAAACACGGCUAAAGAAAACCUGCUACCACUUCAGGAUCAUCCAUCAGCUGGGACUGAUUCAUCGAGGGUUCUGGACAGCAUGGACACAGAUGUUCAACAGCUGGUGCUGGUUAAAGAAGAAGCUCCUGAGGAACAGAGUGCAGGUGAGGACCAGAAAGACCCAGAACACGUCCACAUGAAGGAGGAACAAGAAGAAAAGUGGACCAGUCUGGAGGGAGAGCAGCUCCAUUUGGAGGAGAAAACUGAUGCUGCCAGGUUUCCAUUCACAUUGGCUUCUAUAAAGAGUGUGGAUGAUGAAGAGAAACCUCUGUUCUCACAGCUUCAUCAGCAGCAAGUAGAAGACAAAGAUGUCCAAACCAAAGAUUUUCAACAGCUGGUGCUGGUUAAAGAAGAAGCUCCUGAGGAACAGAGUGCAGGUGUGGACCAGAAAGACCCAGAACACCUCCACAUAAAGGAGGAAAAAGAACAAAACUGGACCAGCCUGGAGGGAAAGCAACUCCAUUUGGAGGAGAAAACUGAUGCUGCCAGGUUUCCAUUCACAUUGGCUUCUAUAAAGAGUGAGGAUGAUGAAGAGAAACCUCUGUUCUCACAGCUUCAUCAGCAGCAAGUAGAAGACAAAGAAGUUCCAACCAACAGCUCAGCUCACCAGAUGACAGCAGAAACUGGUGGAAGAGCAGAAACUAGCAGGAACCCAGAUCUGAACCCUCAUGAAGAGACAUCUGAUUCUUCAGAAACUGAAAUGAGUGGAGAUGAUGAAGAGGGUGAUGAUGUGAAUCUAGACUCUGAGCUGUCAGACUCUGGGUCUGAAACUGGAGAAGAAGACAGUGACUGGAAUGAAAGCAGGUCUUCUGAUACACAUAUUAGGACUGUCAACAAGUCCUUUAGCUGCCCUGAGUGUGGUAAACAAUUUGUCCACAAGAGGUCUCUCCAGAAACAUGUGAGAGUGUCAGGUCAUUCAGCAAUAAGGUCUUCAAGCUGUUUGGUCAAAAAGAAAUGUGUUGGAGUGAAGCAACAUGUAUACUCAUGCAAGAGAGUCCAGAAAAAGCUGAAAUCAUUUAGUUGUGAUGACUGUGGUAAAAGAUUUAGUGCAAUGUGUCAUUUAAAUGUUCACAUGAGAGUCCACACAGGAGAAAAACCUUUUGUCUGUGAGUCCUGUGGUAAAAGAUUUGGCCAAAAGGCAGCUUUAAACGUUCACAUGAGAGUCCACACAGGAGAAAAACCUUUUGCCUGUGAGACCUGUGGUAAAAGAUUUGACUAUAAAGCAGUUCUAAAUAAUCAUGUAAGAGUCCACACAGGAGAAAGACCUUUUGCCUGUGAGACCUGUGGUAAGAGAUUUUGCAAAAAGGCAACUUUAAACAUUCACACGAGGUUCCACACAGGAGAAAAACAUUUUGUCUGUGAGACCUGUGAUCGAAGAUUUGCCAGUAAACAAGUCUUAGACUUUCACAUGAAAGUCCACACAGGAGAAAAACCUUUUGCCUGUGAGCUCUGUGCUCAAAGAUUUAGCCAAAAGGCAGCUUUAAACUAUCACGUGAGAGUCCACACAAGAGAAAAACCUUUUGUCUGUGAGACCUGUGGUCAAAGAUUUAGCCAAAAGGCAACUUUAAACUAUCACGUGAGAGUCCACACAGGAGAAAACCCUUUUGCCUGUGAGACCUGUGGUAAAAGAUUUAGCCGAAAGGGAAAUUUAAACUGUCACAUAAGAGUCCACACAGGAGAAAAACCUUUUGUCUGUGAGACCUGUGGUCAAAGAUUUAGCCAAAAGACAACUUUAAACUAUCACGUUAGAGUCCACACAGGAGAAAACCCUUUUGCCUGUGAGACCUGUGGUAAAAGAUUUAGCCGAAAGGGAAAUUUAAACAGUCACAUAAGAGUCCACACAGGAGAAAAACCUUUUCUCUGUGGGCUCUGUGGUCGAAAAUAUGCCUAUAAACGGGACUUAGACUUUCACAUGAAAGUCCACACAAGAGAAAAACCUGUUUUCCUGUGAGACCUGUGGUCAAAGAUUUAGAGACAAGACAGAUUUAAACGGUCACAUUACAGUUCACGCAAGACAUAAUGGAUUAUUUUGAAGGUGUUAUUGACGGGGACAAAAAGUCCAUCUGUGAGAGCAGGGGAGUGGAGGAGGAGGAGAAUGUGUAUACGCGCUGGGGCGUAGCAAGCUUUUGUAAAGUGUGUGUAAGAGCCAAUUAGUUGCUAAUUUAUUUAGGAUAUAUUAGUGAAUAAGUUUUAAAAAGUGCAUAUUUGUGAUUUAAAAAAUAUAUAAUUUCAUAAAAAAUGCAACAUUUAAGUUAAAAUCAUAGAAUGUAGGAGUGUUAGAUUCAGAAACAUUUUCUUUGUAUUUUGGGCUUCCUGUAUCCCAUAAUUCCUUGUAUAGAAGGUUUUGUUGUUGUUUUUUUAUUUUUAUUUUUUUUUUGAGUAGAUGGGAGUUGGAGCGCUAGGAGGCAACACAGUUUUUUGACUGAGUUGUACCACGAUUUGAUUUUUAAUUAAAUAAAUUCAAAAGAACCGGAUUGCCACCACAGUGUGGCUGUUGAAAUUC